GCAGCCCAUAGCCAUCGCGGUGUGGUUCCUGUCCACUCGUUAGGAUCGCGAUCCUCAAACCCCGCAGAGGUGUCUGAGCCACACGCAGCGAAGGACAUGAAUACAGCCGAGGCGAAGGAGUACCUGUCCAGGAGAGAGAUCCCACAGCUGUUUGAGAGCAUGCUUACUGGGCUGAUGUACUACAAACCUGAUGAUCCUUUGGAGUAUUUAGAGAAAUGUCUGAAGAAGGUGAGGGAGUUGGGUGGACCCGAGAAAGUACGAUGGGACACUUUUGUUGCUCAAGAAAAGAGGGCAUUACCUCCGUUAAAUGGUGGUCAGGGAAGGAGAUCAUUCAUCAGGAAUGUUCUGCCAGACAGUCCCAAUUUCCCUUACCGACGCUUUGAUCGUCUGCCCCCCAUUCACCAAUUUUCUAUUGAGAGUGACACAGAUCUGUCCGAAACAGCUGAGCUUUUUGAGGAAUACACGGUGUUUGACCCAACCAAACCCCGGCCACGGAUCAUACUAGUAAUAGGUGGACCUGGCAGUGGGAAAGGCACUCAGAGCUUGAAAAUAGCUGAUCGUUAUGGAUUUGAGUACAUUUCAGUGGGAGAGUUGCUGAGAAGAAAAAUGAUCCAAAAUACCACCAGUAACAGGAAAUGGAGUUUGAUUGCGAAAAUUAUAACCAAUGGAGAAUUAGCACCGCAGGAAACAACAAUUACUGAGAUCAAGCAUCGUUUAAUGGAGCUCCCUGAUGCCCAAGGUAUUGUCAUUGAUGGAUUUCCAAGAGAUGUUGCUCAAGCGCUGUCCUUUGAGGACCAGAUCUGUGUGCCAGAUUUAGUGGUCUUCCUAGCGUGUGCAAAUCACAGAUUGAAAGAACGUCUGGAAAAGCGGGCGGAGCAGCAGGGGAGGCCUGAUGAUAAUCCCAAAGCCACCCAGAGACGAUUGACCACUUUCAAACAGAACACGAUUCCACUCGUCAAAUACUUCCAGGAGAGGAGCUUGAUCGUCACACUUGAUGCAGACAGGGAUGAAGAGGAGGUUUUCUAUGAUAUAGCUGUGACUGUUGACAACAAGCUCUUUCCCACUAAGGAACCAGUAGCAGGUCCCAGUGAACUUGACCUCAGCCUGCUUUUAGAUGCCACAGAUGCUGUUGAUAUUGGGUCAGAGUCUGAAGAUCAGAUGGAUAACCAGUCUUCAGAGUCUGAAGAUGCCAACAUAGAAGAAAAUGUGAAGAAAGCCAAGAUUAUCUUCAUUGUUGGCGGUCCAGGCUCUGGAAAAAGAACUCAGUGCGAGAGGAUAGCAGCGAAGUAUGGUUUCACCCACCUAUCCACUGGAGACAUCUUACGAAAUGAGCUUAUGCUAGGGUCAGAAAGAAGUAACCAGAUCAAAAGACUCGUGGAACGUAGAGAGUUAGUGCCGAUGGAAUUUGUCCUGGAGAUGCUGAAAGAUGCCAUGAUUUGCAGCACGAACACUGAAGGCUUUCUAAUUGAUGGCUAUCCUCGGGAUGUGAGACAAGGAGAAGAAUUUGAGAAGGAAAUAGCAAAGCCAAGCAUGGUGCUUUUUAUGAACUGUUCUGCUGACACAAUGAAAACACGACUUUUCAAACAAAAUCAAACAAGUGGCUGUGUUGAUGAUAGUGGUGAAACAAUUAUGAAACAUAUUGAAACCUACUACAAGGUUACAGCACCUAUUAUAGAACACUACAAAGGAAAACAACUUAUAUAUAAGAUAAAUGCAGAGGAGAACCCUGAUGCAGUUUUUCUUCAGAUCUGUGAGGUCAUCGAUUCCGUUCAAUGAAGCAACAAAACCACAGCAAUUAGGACAUUUUUGGAUGAACUGCUUUUGAAAGUUCAUAGGUUGCAGCCAAGCCCAAAACAAUUUGUGUAGAUGUUGCACCAAGUUGCCAGAUCAUGAAAAUGAAUAUGCAUUGUAAGCACUUAAUUGUACUAUACUUUGUGUUUAAAUGUAAAUCAAUUAGUGAUCAUUUACGCAAAAGGUCAUUGUUGCAAUGUUACCCAUUCAAAGCAAUAUUGCAAUACUGCAGAAGAUUGUAAUUUUAGGCAUUAUGUAUGGUAUGUUUCUUUCUCAAUUUGAGUUUAUAUGUAAGUAGCUUUUAAAAUAUCUGUUAUUUAAAACAAAGUUUUGUACAAAGAUACAUAGAUCAAUUGAGUUAAAAUUUCGGAAGGCUUUGAAUGUGUCAGGCACACAAUAUCCUGAAAUACUUUGAUUUAUUCAAGUGUCUGAGAAAGUCAAGACAAUAAUGAAUACAGUUGUAAAAUAGGAGGACUGAUAAGUUCAGUGCUCGAUUGCAAAGGUCUCCUGAUCAUUUAAUUCAAAAAGCAAACUCCAAAAUAAGCUUCUAGCUAAGCAAAGGAAAACAUUUUUGUGAAACAUAUGGAAAUAUUGUGCAUCUCUAACAAGAUACCCUUGAAUUAGAAUACAUUAACCUGCAGAGAAAGAGUGAAGAAAAGGUAUCUUGUAUUUUCUCAUGCAUCAUUAACCCAGCUGAGAAGUUGCAGGAUACACUCUCAGGGCACCAAAAAUAAAUCGGCUUUGUAACUCACCACUAGAAAUGAUGGUUGACUCAUUCUCGUAUUUUUUUUCUCCCUUUGGGAAGUGUCAAGCCUCUGCUUGGCACACCAGUGACGAAAAGGAAAAAUUCCCAAAUGGGCAAUCAUUCAUUGCAAACUCACAUUCUACUCUCUGUACAUCACGUUGGAUCAUGAAGAUGCCAUGCUCCCGUAUAAAACAUACAUUUAGUUGGCAUAUUUAAACUGUUCUGCUAUGGCUUGGAAAUUAUAAAUGUAUAAAAAAAACUAGGCUGAAAUAUUGUUCUACUUUUUCCUGCCAUUGCAUUAUUCACCCUGAAUUACCAAAAGCAUGAUCAAUUCCUCAUGUUGAUGCCGAACAAUUUAUUUGACUUAUUUAUUUUCUGGUCAAGCAAAAUGAAUGUUUCAUGAGGCAGUCAAAUGGGACUGGGGUUGCUUCUGUGCCAAUGCUUUUGAUCACAUGUACAAUGCAAUUGGCAUCAGUUAUUUUCAUUAUCUCUGACUGGAUGUGAUAUACUUUUUUAAAAUGUUACAGCAAUUUUGGUGUUAUAAUUAGCAAGGGAAGGGCAAAACAACUCGGGUUCCAGCGACUAGUUGCCAUCUAAUGAUGUCUGAGAAAUGGGUUUGGGAAGAUAUUGGAUGAUGAAAGCAUCAGUCUUGAAUGUGAUACUUUUUCAAUAUCAUCCUCUGCAUGCAGUAAAUAAGUCUGCUCACACAUGAAAACUUGGUCAGUUGCUUAAGUUAUUGCUGGGAUCCUUGAAAACAUGCAAGAGAGUGACAUGCUUCAGGUCAACAGAUUAAAAGGGGAACGUUUGAGGAAGCUUUUCUUGGGACAUUAUUUUGCAGCUGCUUUUAUACUGAACAAAUGCUAUAUUUACCAAUAUGUGAUUUAUUCAUUCUAUAAUUCAAUUUCACUAUAAAAGCGGCACAACUGAAGUAAUGUUUUCCAAUUCAACUAUUGUUGCGGAGAUAAGACAGAAGAUUGCAAAAACUGAUUUGCAAAUUAGAAAUGAUUGAUUACUUUGACUAAUAA